AUGCUCUCUCUCUCUCUACCUCUGUCCUAUGCUUUGUCUCUCUCUCUCCGCCUCUGUCCUAUGCUUUGUCUCUCUCCACCUCUGUCCUAUGCUUUGUCUCUCUGCACCUCUGUCCUAUGCAUUGUGUCUCUCUCUCUCUCUCUCCACCUCUGUCCUAUGCAUUGUCUCUCUCUCUCUCCACCUCUGUCCUAUGCUUUGUCUCUCUCUCCCUCCACCUCUGUCCUAUGCUUUGUCUCUCUCUCCCUCCACCUCUGUCCUAUGCUUUGUCUCUCUCUCUUUCUCUCUCUCUCCACCUCUGUCCUAUGCUUUGUCUCUCUCUCUUUCUCUCUCUCUCCACCUCUGUCCUAUGCUUUGUCUCUCUCUCUCUCUCCCUCCACCUCUGUCCUAUGCUUUGUCUCUCUCUCUCUCUCCCUCCACCUCUGUCCUAUGCUUUGUCUCUCUCUCUCUCUCCCUCCACCUCUGUCCUAUGCUUUUUCUCUCUCUCUCUCCUCCACCUCUGUCCUAUGCUUUGUCUCUCUCUCCCUCCACCUCUGUUCUAUGCUUUGUCUCUCUCUCUUUCUCUCUCCCUCCGCCUCUGUCCUAUGCUUUGUCUCUCUCUCUCUCUCUCCGCCUCUGUCCUUUGCUUUGUCUCUCUCUCUCUCUCUCCCUCCGCCUCUGUCCCAUGCUUUGUCUCUCUCUCUCUCCCUCCGCCUCUGUCCCAUGCAUUGGCUCUCUCUCUCUCUCUCUCUCUCCCUCCGCCUCUGUCCUAUGCUUUGGCUCUCUCUCUCUCUCCCUCCCUUCGCCUCUGUCCUAUGCUUUGUCUCUCUCCGCCUCUGUCCUAUGCUUUGUCUCUCUCCGCCUCUGUCCUAUGCUUUGUCUCUCUCUCUCUCUACCUCUGUCCUAUGCUUUGUCUCUCUCUCUCUCUACCUCUGUCCUAUGCUUUGUCUCUCUCUCUCUCUCUCUCCACCUCUGUCCUAUGCUUUGUCUCUCUCUCUCUCUCUCUCUACCUCUGUCCUAUGCUUUGUCUCUCUCUCUCUCUCUCUCUACCUCUGUCCCAUGCUUUGUCUCUCUCUCUCUACCUCUGUCCCAUGCUUUGUCUCUCUCUCUCUCUCUCACCUCUGUCCUAUGCUUUGUCUCUCUCUCUCUCUCUCUACCUCUGUCCUAUGCUUUGUCUCUCUCUCUCUCUCCACCUCUGUCCUAUGCUUUGUCUCUCUCUCUCUCUCUCUCCACCUCUGUCCUAUGCUUUGUCUCUCUCUCUCUCUCUCUCCCUCCCUCCACCUCUGUCCUAUGCUUUGUCUCUCUCUCUCUCCCUCCGCCUCUGUCCUAUGCUUUGUCUCUCUCUCUCUCUCUCUCCGCCUCUGUCCUAUGCUUUGUCUUUCUCUCCGCCUUUGUCCUACCACUUCACUAUCUUUGCCAAGAAGUCAUGACAAUACACAGAUAAUAAAGUAA